GCCCCUUUACCGUUUCAAAUGAUGUCAAACACGUAAGUGUAUGAUCAUUAAUGAUGGAUUAUUUUAAGUUGAUUCUGCCAUGAUAAGGAAAAAACACAUCAAAACGUGGCCCCGCGUUUUUGGACCCCAGGGGGUUAAUCCCAUUAAGUUUAACGUAACAUCCAAGAGCGCUGUUCUUUGACGGAAUAAUAACUUCCGAUUGGGAUGCACAGACUGAUUUACGAGCUAGUGAACUAAUGAGACACACGGAGCGUGAUUCAAAACAGCGCAUUUGUGUGUGUGUCCAGGUCCGUGUGUGGGUGCAGUUUCUCCAUUCAGAGAUGAGCCUGUUUAGAGGACCUCCAUUCACUAGGUGGCGGAAUAAUACGAAAGGUGAAGCGGUUACAGUGCCGUUAUCAGCACAAUAUCGCAUAGCUCUCAGCCAAUCAGAAUCGAGAACCAGAAAGAACUGUUGUAUAAAAAUAAUUACGUUUGAUUUUUUUGUAAUUGUAAUUUUAUGGAACACUGAUGGAACAUGACUUCAUUUCCCAGAAUGCUUUACUUAAAGUAUUUAAAAUGGUUGCCAAACUAUUUUCCAAAGUAACUUUCCUAACACUGAAUUUAUGUAAGAUUAUAUCUGUUGUGUGACUGUGGAAUUUCUUUGAAUUACCAUGAAUUUAAUUUCACUUCCUGUCAUUCCAAUUCCAAUUCAACUUCCUGUAGGGCGGAGUCAAUUCAAUUCAAAUUCCAAUUCAAGACAACCUUGUCAACUCAACACACAUCAUUUUUGCUUAUGUUGCUUGAUUAAAAUAAUACUCUAAACCAUAAUGCAUGAGUUUUAUCCACAUCCAAAUACUUUUGUGGCCAAUGUGGACCGACUGACAGCCUACUGCUGUUUAGUUAGGGGCUGUGUCCCAAUUCGAAGGCUGCGACCUUCUAAGGACGUAUUUUAAGACCGAUUGCAUCACAGCAGCGCGACUUGAGGCUGGUAAGGCCGUCCCAAUUCAAAGGAUGCUUAGAAUGAAGCCUCAAAAUGCGUCCUCAUUUCUCCACGCUUUUAAGGGUAGAACGAAUGGAUCCUUAACAGCCAAGGAAUUCCCAAGAUUCAUUGCGCGUCUUUCACCUUGAAAGACAGAGUGCUCACCUUUUAAGGUCUCAUGCUUAUAAGGUUGCAGCCCCUGAAUUGGGACACAGAUCGUGUUGUAAAUCUUUCCUGGCUCCUCCUCCAUGUUUUAGACCAAAUAAUUUCCUGGCAUAAAUACUCAUCUGUUCAGCUGUGUGUAAAUCUCUUUUAUUAUGGCUUUAGUGGAAACACUUCUCCUGAAUGUCUCCAGCACAGGAGCUUUACUCGCUGCUCUUCUGCUGCUUUUGGUUAUUUAUUUCUGCUUCAGGUCUCCAGAAGAUGACCAAGAACCUCCAGGACCCAAACCAUUGCCACUUUUGGGAAACCUGCACAUUCUGGACCUUAAGCAACUUCAUGUGAGCCUCUGGGAUUUAUCCAAGAAAUAUGGGUCAGUGUUCAAAGUUCAUCUUGGACCCAAAAAGAUUGUGGUUUUGGCCGGAUACAAGACGGUUAAACAAGCACUGGUGAACCAUGCUGAUGAAUUCGGGGAAAGAGACAUAACACCCAUAUUCCAAGACAUGAAUAAAGUUCACGGACUCUGCUUUACAAAUGGUAAUAGGUGGAAAACGAUGAGAAAAUUUGCUCUCUCAACUCUUCGAGACUUUGGGAUGGGAAAGAAACGGAGCGAAGAGAUAAUUAUUCAGGAGACGCGAUAUCUACGGGAAGUUUUUGAGACCUUCCAAGGAAAUCCCUUUAGUACAACCCAGCCAGUAAAUUAUGCCGUUUCUAACAUCAUCUCAGCUAUUGUUUAUGGAAAUCGGUUCGAAUAUGAGGAUCCAAAGUUUAACGAAAUGGUCAACAGGGCAAACCAGUUCAUCCUCAUGUUGGGCUCUGCUUCCAUACAGAUCUACAACAUAUUUCCAGUGCUUGGGCCAUGGCUGAAGACCUGGAGAUUGCUAAUAGAAACUUUAGAGAAAUACCAUGCUGAAAUACAGGUGCUGGUGGAUCGCUUGCGGAAGACUUUAAACCCCCUCGACUGCAGAGGAUUAGUCGAUGCCUUCCUCAUCCAAAAACAAAGCUUAGAGAAAUCUGGUGAAUAUGACUCGCAAUAUAAUGAUCUGAACCUGCUCAUGUCUGUGUCCAACCUGUUUGCUGCCGGUACUGACACCACCGGCACAACGCUACGCUGGGGUUUACUGCUCAUGGCCAAAUAUCCUCACAUACAAGAUCGGGUUCAUGAGGAAAUUGACAGGGUGCUUGAUGGACGUGAACCGGUUACAGAGGACAGGAAGAAUUUACCUUACACAGACGCUGUGAUCCAUGAAAUCCAGAGACUGGUGAAUAUAAUACCCUUGAAUCUGCCACAUGAAACCAGCUGUGAUGUGAACUUCAAUGGAUAUCUCAUAAAGAAGGGGACGAGUGUUCUGCCACUGCUGUAUUCUGUUUUGAGAGAUGAGAGCGAGUGGGAGACGCCCGACACUUUUAACCCUGAACACUUCCUCAAUGAGAACGGUCAGCUGAUCAAACGUGAAGCUUUCAUGCCCUUCUCUGCAGGACGCAGGAUUUGUUUAGGAGAGGGUUUGGCCAGGAUGGAGCUCUUUCUGUUCUUCACUUCUCUUCUUCAGUGUUUUCACUUCACUCCUCCACCUGGAGUCUCUGAAGAUGAAUUGGAUCUCACACCAGUUGUGGGUCUCAUCUUGAACCCCUCACCACACAAACUGUGUGCAGUCAGUAGGGCAGAAAAACCUCAAGUUAUAAAUAAAACAGCAGAAUAACUACUUCAGUAUAUACCUAACGAUUGUAAAACAUAAAGACUCUUACAGUGGGUCCAGUGACUUCUUUUUUGUAUGUGAAGCUUAUCAAAACAUUUAUUUAGCCCGUCAUGUGUGUGGCUCAUCAUGUCAAAAUAUGUGUUUGUGCAUCAUGUGAAAAUACGAGCUUGCUGCAGACACUACAUUUGCCAGAUAUGCAUUAAAUUUCAUGUGUAAUCAGAGUUUAGUGUUAAGUUAGCAACUAUUUUGUAAACAUAAGUGUCUCUUUCUCAUAAACCCUUUCGACGUUUGCGCAGCAGGGACGUUUUUUGACAAGAAGCACAAUGCACAAAAUUUAAAAUUGCACUAAUCGGAAGAGAAGUCACCGGCUACCACUGGACACUUGUAUCACAUUAUAAGACUCUUAGACUAUUAUAUUAUCUCAUUAGCUUUUACAUUAUACAUGUACAUUCUGUGCCUAAACAUAUUGUAUUUCAAGUUGGUGUAAAAAUUUAUAUGCUGUAAAAAUAUAUGCAGAUCAUUUAUGCAUUUGACAAAUACUUGUAUGCAAUCUGACUUACAGGGCAUUUAAGCUAUACAUUCAGCAGUUGAGCACAGGAACAUGAUAUUUCUGUAAUGAUUAAAUAAAAUGCUGUUCUAGAGGAAAUCAAA